UUACUCCCCAGCAUCAGCAACAUCACCAACAUCAGCGGGCUGGGUGUCCUCCGCUGCACCUACAAGGAGGACUUCAAACGUAUCUUACUCCCUGCUGUGUAUACCAUCGUCUUCCUGCUUGGACUUCCUCUUAAUGCUGCCGUCAUACUGAAGAUAUGGAAGACGCGACCCAACCUGUCCCGCAACAACAUCUAUAUGCUCAACUUGGCCAUAGCCGACUUCCUGUAUGUGAUGUCACUUCCUUUGCUCAUCUACAACUAUGGCAUGCGUGACUACUGGCCCUUUGGGGAUUUCGCCUGUAAAUUUGUCAGGUUUCAAUUCUACAGUAAUCUUCAUGGCAGUAUCCUCUUCCUCACCUGCAUCAGUGUUCAGCGCUAUGUGGGCAUUUGCCAUCCUCUCGCGAUGUGGCACAAGAAUGGUGGCCGCAGGAUGGCGUGGUCAAUCUGCGGAGGCGUAUGGCUUGUGGUCGUGCUCCUCUGCGCUCCGACGUUUCACUUCGCUGCAACGGGAAUCCAGCGAAACCGCACAGUGUGUUACGAUUUAAGCACGCCAAAUCUUUCUGUGGCCUACUACCCCUACGGCAUGGCUUUGACCUGCCUCGGCUUCCUGUUGCCUUUUAUGGGCGUGAUGGUGUGCUACUGCAGGAUGGCCCACAUCCUCUGCCGCCCGGUGGUCUACCAGGGUGUCACCAUAGCGACUGGGGAGAAACGGGACAAAGCGGUGAGGAUGAUCAUCGUGGUGGCGACGGUUUUCUGCAUAAGCUUUCUGCCGUUUCACCUCACCAAGACUAUGUACCUGGUGAUACGCACGUUGCCCGGGGCACCCUGCGAGGUGAGGAACUUGUUCUCAAUCAUCUACAAGAGCACCAGGCCGUUUGCCAGUAUGAACAGCUUUCUGGAUCCUAUUCUGUUCUACUUCACACAGCCACGCUACCGGCAGAGCACCCGAAGGUUUAUGCUCAAAGUCACCACCCGUAGAGACAAAGGUACCAGUGUGUGAGCGAGCAAGAAUCUUCUACACUGCAACAGUAUUUCCUUAAAGCCUUGAUGCUGCAUCAGUGGUGGAUCCCAUAAUGUUGAGUAGUGAUAGAUGGAUUUGUUGCUGAUGCCUUUCAGGUUUGACCUUUGACCCUAUUCACUGCAAGAGAGGCAUUGGCAUCAGACAGCCUACUGAAAUGCUGUUAUCUGGUUACCUAGACUUCGAGAAAUAUCCCAAACUGAAAUGAAAAUCAACUUGAAUAAUCUUGAAUUGGCGUUAACUAUCACAGACUAUGGGUGUAAUUUAUA